UCACUUCCCAGUUAAACGUGGCUGCCUUGCAAGUGAAGGAAGGAGUGGCUUUUCGAUCUGUCAAGUUAAAUGAUUUCUCGUGACAAUUAAUGACUCGUUGCAUCAAUUAAGUUAUUCUUGUGUGUUUAACACUUUUAACUUAUUGCGUAAUAGUUCUAUAAUAUAAAAAAUGUCGUCUUCGGGUGAUUUUGGAAACCCGUUGCGUAAAUUUAAGCUUGUCUUUCUCGGUGAACAGAGCGUUGGAAAAACUUCUCUUAUCACACGGUUUAUGUAUGACAGCUUUGACAACACGUAUCAGGCUACAAUAGGUAUAGAUUUUUUAAGCAAAACUAUGUAUCUGGAGGAUAGAACUGUAAGAUUACAAUUAUGGGAUACUGCAGGUCAAGAACGGUUUAGAUCUUUGAUACCUAGUUAUAUCAGAGAUUCUACUGUUGCAGUUGUGGUAUAUGAUAUUACUAAUGCAAAUUCAUUUCAUCAAACAUCAAAAUGGAUUGAUGAUGUACGGACUGAAAGAGGAAGUGAUGUAAUUAUUAUGUUAGUGGGUAAUAAAACAGAUUUGGGUGAUAAAAGACAAGUAUCAAUGGAAGAAGGUGAAAGAAAAGCUAAGGAAUUAAAUGUAAUGUUUAUUGAAACUAGUGCUAAAGCUGGAUAUAAUGUGAAACAACUCUUUAGAAGAGUAGCAGCAGCUUUACCAGGCAUGGAUUCCACUGAAAAUAAACCACCUGAAGACACUGUCGAUUUGCAGAAUCAAUCACCGAUGCAGAACGGAUCCGAGUCCGAGGGGGAGAGUGGCUGCAUUUGCUAGGGAGGUGGUUUAUCAGUGUGCAGCUAAAUAAUGCUAACUCCUUGAGACAUUCUGAUAUGAACCAAAAAAAAUCAUCACGUACUAUUAACAAGAUGCUGGCUUCUUCUGAUGUCUACAUCGUGGCCCAUAAGUUAACGCGCGACGAAGGCACAAAAAAAAAAAAAAAACGUUUCAUUGACACCGUUCUUACUAUCGACUACUUCUGCCCCAAUCAAUCUCAUUUAAGUCGUUUAACCGUAGCGUGAAUUAACCGAUCGUUUUUGCUAUGAUUCAUGUUAAGAACAGCUUUGUGCGGUUAUAGUGCGCGUUGUUACGUUGUUGUAUCCGCCAGUUUAUUCGACCAGGAUCUAGCGAUCUUUACAUUUACAUUUUACAGUAUGAAUCGGGAAUUGACGUCGUUCAAGAAAAAGAAAAAAAAAAAAAAAAAAAAAAGAAGAAAAAAAAAUGGAAAAAACAAGAAAUAUACUAUCGAAUUACAUCGAUGUAAUGGCUACGAGUCACGAUGAUAGGAUAGCUUUUCCACGCUCGUUAAUAAAAUAUAUAUUGAACGUGUCGAUUGAGCAAUACGUAAAACAGCUUUUUUGUGAAAUUGUACAUAUCACGAAUCUUGAUGUUGAGAAAGAAAGAUCAAGAAGUCGAAGUAUAUACAUCGACUUUGUUUCUUUUCUUUUCUUUUUUUUUUUUUUUUCUUUUUUUUACUUUGCCAUUUGAUAUUUCUUCGAAUCUCAACUUUUCGUUCGCGACUUUCGAACGGAAGUUGAAGUGGUACCAAUUUUUUAUAUACGGAAUAGCGUUUCUUUCUUAGCUUAUCCUAUCAUCGUUUCCUGUGAUCGCUGUUUCUCUUCGCGAUGAAAAUCUGAAAUUCAACACGCACAAGAUACCGACAAGCUUAGACAAGAGUGUUCUAGACACAAAAGAUAUUCUAGACCUUAACGAAAACGACUGAAAGUAAAAAAAAAACGUUUUAAUAGCCCAUCAUCAGUUAGUCGAGGAAAUCGAACGAUCGAGCGGUCUAUUCCUGGGGAUAUAUCUGUUACGAAAAAAAUUACUUACUUACACGUAGAAUAUGUUAUUAUGGCGAGUCUGUUCGAUGGCGUAUUGUUCAAGGUUUAUAAUAUUGUAAUCGUAAUAACAAUCUUUAUAGACGUUUUUCGAUAUCUCUUGAUAAAUAAGCAAGCGACUCGAUACGCGAUCCGUUCAUAAAUUGAGGAAGAAGACGCACUGAAUACGACGAGAAUAAUUUAGAAGAAGAAAAAAGAAAAAAGGAUGAAAAGUGCUCAAUCAUUCACUCGCCAUUUUAUACGAUUAUUUCUUCAACCAUUGAAUCGUAUAUCAUCGAUGGUUGUUUAAACGCUUAAUAUUUACAAAAUUGUCUUUUAACGAAAUCAUUGAUUGAUAUUGAUUACUCACCAACAUGUAAUCUUUCCAACGAGCAAUUGAAACUUGUUGAUUGUUUUAGCAAAUAUAUAUAUAUAUAUAUCGUUUAAUUCUAUAAAUAAAAGAAGGAAAGAGGAUAUACAUGGAAAUUGCGUCUUCUUUCUAACGAAACAUACACGCAAAAAAAAAAGAAAAAAAAUAUAUAUACGCACGAAUAUGGAGGAAUCGGUAUAAGAAAAAGAAAUGUUCGGAUCAAUUCAUGAACCUGUCCCGUUCGUCGCGACAUGUAACGAGCGUCGAGCAACGAAAAAUAUUGCUCGUGUUUCAUCGAGGAGACUGAAUCUGCUUCUAAGCUCGCCGCCCGAUUUAAUCGGAAUCAGAAAAUAGACGAAAUAUAUACCGGAGAAAGUUGGAAAUAGCGUAUCGUGCCAGACAGUUAGAGCGUGGCGCUUUGACGAGAAAAAUGUAGCGGCAACUCCUCGGAACAAGGGAGGUUUAGUUGUUCUUGAAAAUUCGUGGGGAUGAACUCGUGUCCCGUCAGCGAUAAUUGAGCGUGCCAUGAGGGAGGGAGUGGGCCAAUUUUACACACAUCCUGCUAAUUAGAAUUUAGAAAAGGAAGAGACAAAAGGAAAAAAGAUGGUAGACUCAUCAUAGGGGUGAGCGGAAGGGCGAGAAAGCUCCGCUCGCCGCGAGGAGGCGAUAUAAUAAAGUCACGGGGCGAGCGCAGCUUUCCCUGGCGUCGUCGUUGCACGAUUGUUCGAUGUGAUAAGGCUUUCGGAUGUACGGAUGAAAAGUGGAAAAGGAGGAGACGAUGGAAGAGAUAUGUUGAGCGAUAUGUUGUAAUUCAUUAAUCCGCCGUGCUUAACGCGAGCCUCUUAACGUGCACUCUAGCACUCCGUUUCUUCUGAACGUAAAAAGAAAAAAGAAAAAAAAAAAAAACUGUCUCUCUAGCGCAGCCCCAGUUUACAACGUGUAACAACGUGUAGCGUUGAUUCGCACCGUGUCGUGUAACCGCAUCGUGCGAGAAUCGGGAAGUAUUCUGAUACGAAUCCAAAUAAAAACGAAACUGAUUGUAUGUCGAAGGCGCACCUCGUUGCGUUUCCAUAUACUUUCCUCGCGUUCGUGAGAGGAACACGCUGGUCGAACGAAUGCUCCGCGUAUCUCGCUUGAUGGGAAAUCGCUCGAUCUUGGGGAAAAAAAUGAAUGAAAAGAAAGAAAAUGGACGUUGUUGGUGGACGGAUUCGUACCAUUGAACAUCUCGAGUGCACGCGAAGCGUAUAUUUUUCUUUCGUUCGGAGAAGACACUCGGCUGCAGCCUCCUCGACCGGAAACGCGGUCGUAGCUCGAUUCGUAGAUUAGAUAUUUCUUAGAACGUGUAUGGGGGGGGGGAUAAAUCACGCUAUAUUCGUUUUAAUCUUUAUCGCCUAGCUCGCGAUGCUCGCGCCUAAAGAGAAAAGGGAAAGGGCGGAGGAGGAGGAGGAGGAGGAGGCGUCAGAGGCGCGCUUCCGGUGUAAUUGGAAGGGAAGCCCUCUCGACACUGGCUGCAGCGCGUGUCUACUCCACGAGGACGGCGAAGCGUACGGAUCUAGAGAUACGCCGAUCUAGUCGGAACGACGAUCAUCGGGGAUGUCGACGCGGCCGAUGAUCGUUCAGUGAUCCGCGGUGCUUGUUUCUUUCGGGGCACAGUGAGAUUCGGUAUCAUUUCGGUUGCGGUUCCACCCUUUCGCCACGCAAGAGUAUUUCUUCGCUCCAACCAACAAAAAUUUUGCGUCGUCCAUUCGAGAUUACGAUUAUCUGUGAUCGACAAUUGCGGAUUUAUAUAUCGCGAAACGAUUGUGUAGGAGUAUUGUAUAAAUUCUUUCGUUUCUUAAAUUCGAGUUUCUUAAGGCGCAACGUAAUUUUUCACGAUGAAGGUGAAAAGGAAACUUAGUAGGCUCGAAAUUGUUGGAAUCAAUUUUUAUCGACUUCUUCAAUAUAGAAGCAUAGAAAAAAAUAAAGAUACUCGGUUUCUAAGGUGAUUGCUCCUCGUUGCGAAAGGGUCAAUUUGAGAUUCGAUAAUCUAGUAGAGAAAAAAAUGAUUUGUAGCGUCUCGGAGGAUUCUUGUGAAUGUAAUUUGCAAGGCAGCCGCGUUCUGUGGUAAUGUUAUUGUAGCCGAUGUUUCUUAGUUAAAUAGAAGUAUUCGCUGUAUCGUCUUUUUGCAAUUAAAUUGUCAAACUUAACGUAGCAGUAGGGUGCGAUAUUAAUUGUAAAGUUAACCCUUCCAGUCUUCGAUGUUGUCGGAAUUUAAUUUUCAUUCGAAUUUCUUCUCUCGAUGUAACGGAUACGCGUGUAAAUCGAUUCCUUUCCAAUUUUCCACGUGGAAAAAGAAAAAAAAACGGAAUGAAAAUUGCCAUUUUCUCGUACACUCAAUUCGAUUUUAUAUUUUUCGAAGAAUAACUCUUAGAAUUACUCUUCAUCGUACUUUCCUUUCUUUCUCGAUUCCGCUUGGACUUCGAAAACGAAUGACUUGGAAAAACCGAGGCUCGAAGGGUUAAACGUCUCAAGGCUUUAAGUUUCUCCGAAUAUAUUUAAUAUAAAAUAGAAACUAAUGUACGCUUUUGUUUAACGUGAUAAAACGAGAUCUUGCAAAAAUAUAAUUGAAAAUAAAAUACCA